AACUGUGUGGCCCUGCCAGGCCAGAAGUAGAGCUCAGAGCACUACUUAAGCCCUAUCUGCUUUACCAGAAAAACUUAGAUCUACUUCCUGAUUUCAGAGGAAGCUGAGCGAAUAUCUGUAGCAUAUCAGGCAGUGCAGACAAAGUCACAUGUGCAAGCGCUCACAUAUAGACUGACCUGUCAGGGUUGCAGCAAUGACACUCACUCUGUGAUGCUUCCAUGUGUCAAAGACAGAGAAAAGAUGGACGACAUAGACGCCAUGUUCACUCACCUGCUCGGAGAGAUGGAUCAUCUCUCUCAGAGUCUGAAGACUGAAGGUGACUCACCAGAAGCAGAUUCUGCCGCCCAGACAGAAAAAACCUUUUCAAUUGGCUUCAACGACCUGAAUGAGUCUCUUAAUGAACUGGAAGACAAUGAUCUGGAUGCUCUAAUGGCUGACCUGGAAUCAAAGUCAGCCGCGCAGGAACCCCUUACUUCUGGACCAAACAUCGGCGGUACAAACGAUCAAACUGCACCACCCGCAACGACUCAGAAACAUGAGCCAGCCACUGCCCUUCCUCCUCCGCCAAGCACAGAUGUAUCCUGCAGGAACAUGCAAAUGAGAGAACCCCAAACAAAAGCAGAGAAAAUAAAACUAGCUCUAGAGAAGCUGAAAGAAGCCAAAAUGAGGAAGGUAAGAUCAGCAGAUUUUCUUUUGUGUGUGUGUGUGUGUGUGUGUGUGUGUUUUGCUUUAUUGUCCAUUAUUUCAGAAAGAACCUUUGAGGAUCAUGAACAUUUGGUGGAACCACUGUCUGCUUGGACUCGGUACAGUGAAAACAAAAUCUACUUUUUGCCAAGACCACAAAAGUAUGUGAUGUUCACAGAUCCUCAGAUAUUUUACAUGUGGAAAAAGGAUAAGGCAGCAUUGAGUGCGAUUAACCAGCAGGCUAAAGAUCUCCUUGUCAAGGAGAAUUUCGGGGGUUCGACUUUGAUCGUUCCCGACCUAGAGGGCACACUUUACCUCAAAGAAGAUGGGAAGAAGGUUUGGAAACCGCGCUACUUUGUGCUCAGGGCUUCGGGCAUCUACUUUGUGCCCAAAGGAAAAACAAAGUCGUCCACUGAUCUCGCCUGCUUUGUCCAUUUUGAAAAAAUCAACAUCUAUAUGACCAAGAACUACAAACAGAAGUACAGAGCUCCCACCAACUUCUGCUUCAUGCUAAAGCACCCAUGCAUCCAGAAAGACUCUCCCUACAUCAAGUUACUUUGCUGUGAUGAUGAAAAAACACUGGUGCUUUGGGUCAACUCCAUCAGAAUAGCCAAGUAUGGAACCGCCCUGUAUAAAAACUACCAGGCAGCGAUGAAGAGAGCUUCUCCUACGAAAACCCUUCAGUCUGCUGCAUAUAAAGAAAAAUCCAGUGGUCACACCCCUGACCCGGGUCUAUCAGCACCCAAAACCGCAAACCAUACUGAAGACUACGAAUAUGAGCCACCACCCGACUUCAUUCCUCCUCCCCCUCCAGAACGUACAUCCUUUUGA